UUUUUGGACGGGUGGGUGAUGGUGCUGUCCUGAUUGGACUUUCGGUAGUCGUCGUUUACUCAAGUUGCAGCCGACCAGUUAGUUUUGUCGGCGUCUUUCAUCUCUCUUAUGAAAGCAAAGUACACAUUCGUUGGAAUGAUUCAACACCUUUUGGUCAGAUAUAAACUUUGUCUUCCUCAUAGUCUGUUUGAAUCUCUGAAAACCCAAUCGGUUAUAAGUUUCUAAUGCUAUUGUCAUCAAAUUAUAGAUGAUUGAUUAUCUGCUAUUCUGAAACUUCCUCAGCUAAUCAGUGUUAUAUUAUUGAUUUUAUCCCGGAAAUAUUGGGAGAUCAAUUUCUAGUUCUGUACUCACUCAAUUCUGCUGGGAAAUGGCUAUGAGGGGUACUUCAUCUGUCGGAUCACGAAACGUUUACCGGGGAUUUAUGGCGGCUUUCGUGUCAGCUGUUCUUGAAUGGUUACUGCUCUUCAUGCUUUUUCUCGGUGCAAUCUACUCCUAUUUGGUUACAAAAUUUGCCCGUUACUGUGAAUUGCAAAUUCCAUGUGUACUUUGCUCGAGACUUGAUCAUGUUUUUGGUAACGAAAAGGACGGGUUUUGUUGGGAUUUGUUCUGCUCCAAUCAUAAAUUGGAGAUCUCAUCUUUAGUUCUUUGUCACGUUCACAAUAAACUUAUUGAUGCUCAUAGAAUGUGUGAAAAUUGCCUCUUCUCGUUUGCCAAAAUAAAUAAGUCGAAGUCCGAAUCAUGUAGAUCAUUGGUAGGUAAAUUUGGCUCCGAUUCUCAUCUUGGGUUUGAUCCGGACCCGUUACUCCAGUAUUAUGAUCUUGGUCCUUCAGGCUUAAGAAAUUGUUCUUGUUGCAAUGAGCCAUGGAUUUCAGGAGGUUAUGCCCCAAAACUGCUUCAGACUAAAUCAGUUGGAUUGGAUGCUACUGAACUUGGUGUACCUCUAUCAACCACUAUUGCACAUAAUUGUGAUGACCUGAAGAAGAAAAAGGAGGAGCCAUCUGGGUCAACUUCUGAUCUGAAAAAGGAUGGUAUCGAUCCAUUGUCUCAUAUAGAAUACACACAGGUCCACAUUACUUCUGAUUCUGAAUCAGAAAUACCGCUUCCUCAUGAUGUUGAUGAUGCAACUGUUCUGAUUCCUGAAACUGAUGAUCACAAUGAAGAUUUCACGGUUCAAUUUGUACAUUUGGAGCCCCGCAUUAUUACUUUAGCUGAUGAUCGGACCACGGAGAAAUUGAUACCUUUGGCUUCCACUCCUGAGCCCUCACUUUUUGAGUCACAGGCGCUGGAUAUUGUUGACCCCCACCAUGGUGCUACAUCUGUACCAGCUGCUGCUGCUAUCGGGCAUGGGUUGGAGGAACUAAUUGGGCAACAAGUUGAGUGCAAGGCUGAUCCUUCUGCACCAUCUGAGCGCAGUUCUUUUGAUGAGGUCCCUCCAUCAUCCAAAAUCAUGGAAAUUCCUGUUGAAGUAUCUAGUGGCACCUUUGAUUCUCAAGCAACAGGUGAGGUUGGACAAAAUUCUCUUCCUGAGAGUGGAGAAAUCAAGGUGGGUAGUGGACCAAUUAUUGCAAGUAAAACAGGCAUAGAAUUGAACCGUGUUCUUAGUGAUGCUAGUUCGCAGAUGCCUAAUUACUUGGAUCUCGGGGAUGCUUAUAAGAUAGCUGUUGGCAAUAGGGGAAGACAGUUAUCUGGAGUGCUUUCAGAGCAAAGGUCUACGAAGGAUUCGACAAGAGUUAGUGAAGAUUUGAAGCUUUUGUUGUCACAAAUGUCUUUUGCUCGAGGAAUUGAAUUAUCAUUGAAUGAUACGAGUCCUAGAGUGUCUGGAAAUAAUGAUGAAUUAAAAGUCGAUUCCUCUAGCUCUAUCGGAAUGCAGAUACUUCAAAGAAGGAUUUCACUUGAAAGAAAUGAGUCUGGUUUGUCUGUAGAUGGAAGCAUUGUCAGUGAAAUCGAAGGUGAAAGUGUGGUUGAUCGGUUAAACCGCCAGAUUGAGCACGAUAGGAAGCUAAUGAGUGCUUUGUAUAAGGAAUUAGAGGAAGAAAGAAGUGCUUCUGCAGUUGCUGUAAAUCAAGCAAUGGCCAUGAUUACUAGAUUACAGGAGGAGAAAGCAACACUCCAUAUGGAAACCUUGCAAUGCCUAAGAAUGAUGGAAGAGCAAGCUGAAUAUGAUGGGGAAGCACUGCAGAAUUCAAAUGAGUUUCUUGCAGAGAAGGAGAAAGAAAUACAAGAUUUAGAAGCUGAGCUUGAAUUGUAUAGGAAGAAAUUCGGGGAAUCAGUGUUGGAGAACAUAUUGGAGCCCACUUGUGAUGGGAAGGCAGAAGAUGUGAGAGAGAAAUGUUCUGUUGCAAUUCACCUUAAUAAUAGUGCAAGUGUUCCUGGCAAUUCAAUUGAAGGAACGGUUAUGUCGUUUGGGGAUAAGAGUGCAGAUACUGCAAAUGAUUCAUUGUUAGAGUUUGAAAAUGAAAGGUUAUACGUUUUAAAUAGUUUGAAGAAACUGGAGAAAAGGCUUCAACAAUUUUCUAAUAAUGGAGUUCCCCAGGAUGUUCCCCAGGAUUAUUUUGGAAAGGAAGAAGAUGGGUUGUGUCACUUGAAAGAGCUCAACUCUAAAGGGGGUUCUCAAGUAAACAGUGGAAGUGAAGAGAAUGAUUUGCCAAUGCAAAAUGAUGCUACUGUACUGGAAGAAAUCCCUUGUGGUCAAGAAGGAUUUAUUUCAUCAUUUGAGAAUCCCCAUUUUGGUAGCAAUAAAAGUAUUGAAUCUGAUUGUGGUGGGGAAGACUGGUCCUUGGUCCAUAAAGAGUCUGAUUUUGUUGCUCUUGUAAAUGAAGUUUCUAAUCUAAGUGGUAGGUUGAAAGCACUUGAGGCUGAUCGUAAUUUUCUCGAGCAUUCCUUUAACACACUCAAAGAUGGAGAUGAGGGUCUUAAAUUCAUUCAGGAAAUAGCUUGUCACCUGAGAGAACUACGAAGGAUUGGGAUUAACGAAAAAAAUUAACCUUUUGCGCGGGUUUUAUGUCAAUACCAUUCUAAAGUUUCAGGUGCCUAUGGGAAUACUUCGACCAAUCACUUUGGACACCAGAAAGUUAAACCAUGUCAUUGGUGAUGAUUACGAAGAUUGGGAGGGUCGAAUGUACAUAUAAUCAGAUUGUUUUGUCCGAAGACGUAGGAUGCUGUAAAAGUUGACUUCUAUGGUGUGUCUUCUCUCGUUUUCUUUCUCUUCUUUGGAUUUGUUUUGCCUUUUAACAUAAUUUUUCCUUUCACUUAGAUUGCUUGUAAAGUUGGUGAGGUUUUAUUUAUUUGCCUUUCCUUCUUUUGAGAUUGGGGAUUUUUUUUUUCUUUCUUUAAUUGAUUUUGUUGUUUGGGGGUGAUUUUUGUGUGUGAACUAGAAAAUUAUAUCAUUACAGGCAGGGAUGGCAUCAAUCAGCAAAUCUGCUGCCUUUGUAAAUUUAUUCAAACAGAUAAAAGAGUUGCAAUUGUAAUUUGUAAUCUUUUUGCUUCAGCCUCUUUAUUGCUGUGCAUUGAAGAUGGCAACUUUAUUGAAUUUCAUGAAUUGUAGUUGGAAUAUUUCCCUU